UGGGGGGGGGGGGGGGCUCUGCGCAUGCGUGGUUUGUAAUUUUUGGUUUUGGGGGGUUUUCUGUAAUUUGGAUCUAAUUCUUUAGGGUUUUUUGACAGAAAGACAUAGAUUGGAUGACUAUGUCUUUUGUGGCCAAAUUUGGUGUGAUUUGGUCCAGUGGUUUUGUUGUUUACUCCAUGGGAAUCACGCACAUUACAUUUUUAUAUACAGUAGAGUCUCACUUAUCCAAGCCUCGCUUAUCCAAGCCUCUGGAUAAUCCAAGCCAUUUUUGUAGUCAAUGUUUUCAAUAUAUCAUGAUAUUUUGGUCCUAAAUUCGUAAAUACAGUAAUUACAACAUAACAUUACUGCGUAUUGAACUACUUUUUCUGUCAAAUUUGGGUGCUUAAUUUGUAAAAUCAUAACCAAAUUUGAUGUUUAAUAGACUUUUCCUUAAUCCCUCCUUAUUAUCCAACAUAUUCGCUUAUCCAAGCUUCUGCCGGCCCGUUUAGCUUGGAUAAGUGAGACUCUACUGUAUAUAGAUUGCACUUAGGCAAUGAAAGGGAUAGUAAGAGGUAAAAAACCAACAGACAAUGAAUGUAAGGUUAGUAGAAUAGUUUUAAUAGUUGUGCGUCUAGCAUGUGUUUACAAGUCUGGGUAUGUUUUCGUUUGGUGUGUUUGGUUUAGAUGUUGUUUUGUGAGAUGUGGUACAGAGAACAUUAGAAUGGCACAAUGUGUACAAGUUACUUUUCCUUAUCUGUUACCCAGGUAUCCAGAGAAGAUGUUCUGGCUUCUUACUUUGGCUCUUUUGGCUUCUUACGCACAACAAAGCAGAGCGACGGAUGGAGGAAUAAAAAUCCAGCUCACCCAGAAAGGUCUUGAAUAUGGAAAGGAAUUUGGGCUGCAAAUGUUGAUGUCAAUGCUGAAGAAUGAGAAGAUCCAAGACAUCAGUGGCUCCUACCAAGUCCCACUGGUUGGGAAUGUCCAUUAUUCAGUGUCAGAGAUCCAGAUCAAGGAAGUUCAGGUCAACCACUCCACUGCUGGCUUCGUGGAAGGCACCGGUCUGAACCUGACCAUCCAAAAUGCAGACUUCGUGCUCAGUGGCACAUGGAAAUUCUCGGCCAGCUUCGGACGUGAGAACGGCACUGUUGACAUCAGCAUAAAGCAUCUGUCCCUUUCCGCUCUCCUUGGACUGGACAAAGAUGACCAGGGCCGGCCGGUCGUGCGGCAGGAGAGCUGCCAGUCUUCCAUUGGAGGUUUGGAUCUGAAACUUUCUGGAAGGAGCAGCUGGCUGUACAACAUCGUUGCGUCUGUUCUCAAGGGAGUCCUGCGAUCGGAGGUCAACAAACAACUGUGCACUGAGAUCAAGAACGGAAUUGACAGAUUGGCGCAAAUCCUGAGAACUAUGAAAGUUUCAUCCCGGAUCGACCACUUUGCUGGCAUCGACUACUCCUUGGUGAAUCCGCCAGCCGUUGGUGCAGAUCGAUGCGAUGUGGACCUCAAGGGCGAAUUCUUCAUGGUUGGCAAACCCUCCAAAAGCCAUCUUCUCCCAGUCUCUUUCCACUUGCUCAACCGGUCAGACUCCAUGCUCCAGUUGGGGGUCUCUGACUACUUUGUCAACUCUGCUGCUUCGGUGUAUUUCAAUGCCGGGGCGCUGCAGGUGAACUACACGGAUGAGAUGAUUCCGAAGAAUGCUUUCUUCCGCCUGAACACAAACAAUAUGGGGGCCUUCAUCCCAGAGCUGAAGGAGAGGUUCCCAAAUAGGCCCAUGGAGGUCCACCUGGCUGUCCGGAAGCAGCCUCUGCUCCACAUCCGUCCCGACGGUCUUCAUGGACUCCUCUUGGGAGCGGCGGAAGUCUUUGUUGUAGAGCCAGACGCCAAACGGGUCCCUGCCUUCCUGUUCCAUUUUGAAACCAACCUCACGGGGGAGGCCUACCUUGAACCAGUCACGUCUGGGAAUUAUUUUGGGAAGGUCAAGGGCUCAUUGGACAUAAAAAAGUUUCACCUCUGGCUGGAGAAGUCCAACAUUGGAGAUGUCAAGGCACCCCAUUUGGAGAAGCUGCUGAAACUGGCUGGGCCCUUGGCGUUGCUGAGAGCCAACAAGGUCCUUAAGAAAGGAGUGGUCAUCCCUGACCUCGUCGGCGCCAGUGUGAGGAAUCCCAAAAUCACCAUGCAUGAGGGCUAUGUGGUAUUAGCGUCAGAUCUACAUCAUCGUCUCCACAACGCCUUGUGACUUCUGGAAAGGACAAAGGCAAGGAAAUGCAUUUAUGACCCACUGACAUCUCAAGACUGUAUGCUGCUUCAUCUCCUUCCAUGACAUAUUAUGGGGUGACUAUCUGUCGGGAGAGCUUUGAUUGUGCCUUCCAGCAUGGCAGAAGAAGGUUGGAUUGGAUGACCACUGGAGGUCUCUUCCAACUCUAGGAUUCUAUAGGAAGAGCUGUGCCUUGGCCAUCCUUGGGUUUAUGGACUGUUUUGUGAUGACUUUCGAAAUGACUGACAAAUCAACCACAGACUUCCCUUUUGCCAGCACAUCUGUAUCCAUUCGUACAGCAACAUGGAGAUGCUAAACAAGUGGGAUUUCCUCUAUCUCCAGAAGAAAAGUCUGAACUUGAUCUUGGAGAGUGACCGGAUCUCCUUCACCACCAUCUCAAUGCCUUUAGUAUCAUCACCAUCAAAAAGAGCCUCUGAAUCCUUAUCAUAAUCAGGAGUGCCAUGAAUCCCACCCUCCUCGCUCCCAAUAUUUGUUGGGAUGAUAAAUUCCCAUUUCUGCAUUAAAUUGGAUUUUCCUAUGUGUUGGCCUUACCAUUAAACAGUGAUUUCACUGACUCUACACUGUAGAAUUAAUGCAGAUUGACACCACUUUAAUUGUCAUGGCAAUCGUGGGAGUUAUAGUUUAACAAGGCCCUUAGCCUCCUCUGUCUCUGUCUCAACAAACAUCUCCUAGGAUUGCAUAUCAUUGAGCCAGCAGAGUUAAAGAGGUGUCAAACUGUAUUAAUUCUACAAUGUAGAUGCACCCAGUCUUAGCAAGGACUAUCAUGGGUGGGAAUUCAGUCACCUUUUAGGCCCCAUCUACGCUGCCAUAUAAAAUCCAGAUUAUCUGCUCUGAACUGGAUUAUAUGGCAGUGUAGACUCAUAUAACGGCGCUCCAUGCAGUCAUGCCAGUGGCCACAUGACCUUGGAGGUGUCUACGGACAACGCCGGCUCUUCAGCUUAGAAAUGGAGAUGAGCAUCAACCCCCAGAGUCGGUCACGACUGGACUUAACAUCAGGGGAAAAACCUUUACCUACCUUUUACCUAGACUCAUAUAAUACAGUUCAAAGCAGAUAAUGUGGAUUAUCUGGUUCGAUAAAUUGGAUUAUAUGGCAGCGGAGAAGGGGCCUUAGAUGUCAAUGGACUACAGGUCCCAGUAUCUUUAACCAGCAAAACCAGUGGUGGGGAAUUUUGGGACCUGCAGUUCACCAACAUCUGUAAGGCUGCAUGAUUCUUUCCUUUGGGCAUGGAGUUUGAGUGAGGAUGUAAAACAUGGAAAUAAUAAUUACCUAAGAUCCAGAUCCACUGUAAAAAAGCAAAAGGUUUCACUUCCUUUUCACUGUAUCUGUAAAAUCGAUCCCCAGCAUGGGCAAACUUCAGCCCUCCAGAUGUUUUGGAUUUCGAUUCCCACAAAAUCUUACAUGUGCUAAUGAAGAAUGAGUGUGACCUGGGGAGAAUUUAUUUCUCUCUCUUUUUGUAUUAUAAUGUGUUUAAUAAAGCUUACUUUCGAAAAGAAA